AUGUCCAAGUACAACGCCAGUAAGUUGAGGCAAAUGAAGCAAGGCGUGGAGAAAAUACAACACGGUAAGUUGCGGACAAACAUACCGGCCGGCAUGGCUACGCCGGGCCCUCCUCUCGGGCCCAUGUUGGGUUGCAGGGGCAUCAACAUUACAGCUUUCUGCAAGGACUUCAACGAGAAGACCAAGGACAUAAAAGAAGGCAUACCCCUGCCGACACGGGUGCACGUCAAUCCGGACCGCAGCUAUCAGAUAUCGAUUACAAAACCUCCGUCCAUGUACUACCUGAAACAAGCUGCAGGCAUACAGAAAGGAGCCAUGAACCCCCUGAAGGAGACGGCCGGAAUGGUUACGCUCAAGCACGUUCGAAAUUGCGUUGAUAAGCAGACCCCGACGAGAACCUGGAGUUCAGAAAUCUAG